AUGGAAAGUUGUCUUGAGGCAAUUGGCUUGAUAAAUGACACCAACGGGGAGUAUGGAAGCCAGUGGCGGGAAUUAAUCGACGCUUCAUUCCCCAAUAGUUUAUUCCUGGAUCCGCCACUGGUCACCGUGCUCAACUUAGGGUCCCAAAACCUGGAGGGUUCCAUAUCUCAACACAUUGGAAACCUGAGCUUCCUAAGGGAACUCCGCCUCGGAAACAAUAGCUUUACACAUCAAAUCCCUGCUGAAAUCGGGCGGUUGCGUAGGUUGCAAGUAUUACUUCUGUACAACAACAGACUCAGUGGCCCUAUUCCGACCAACAUAUCCAAUUGCUUCAACCUCGUCACUAUUCAUUUUGGUUACAACAACUUAGUGAGUAAAAUUCCCUCAGAAAUCGGCUCAUUGUCCAAGCUUCAAACACUAGUUUUAGAGUUUAAUUGCUUAACCGGAGCGAUCCCUCCUUCCUUGGGAAACCUUUCUGCUCUUGAGAUGCUUGCUGCAUAUAAUAACAGCUUGUCCGGAAGCAUCCCUAGUUCUUUAGGCCAAUUGAAAAAAUUAACCUUCUUUUCGUUGGAUUUGAAUCGAUUGUCUGGCAUGAUCCCUCCUUCCAUCUACAACCUCUCUAAUAUUGUUAAGUUUUCUGUGUCGAUAAACCAAAUUCAAGGGAGUCUUCCCUCAAACUUGGGAAUAACUCUUCCCAAUCUCCAAAACUUUCACAUUUUUACAAACCAAUUUACCGGAGCAAUUCCCAUGUCAAUAUCCAACAUCACAAGUCUGGCCAGAUUCAUUGUUGCAGAGAACCAUCUAUCCGGGCCAGUUUCGAGUUUGCGAAACCUUCAUAACCUCCAACACUUCGCCAUUAACCAAAACAAUCUUGGAAGUCGUGGUUACGGUGACUUGAGUUUUAUCUCAGACUUGAUAAAUGCCACAGAGUUAGGGCACUUGUUUUUAGGCACCAACAAUUUUGGUGGGACUCUUCCCUCAUCAAUUUCCAAUCUCACAACAAAGCUUCAAAUGUUUGGGGUGCAAGAAAACCAACUAAAUGGAAACAUUCCAUUCGGGUUUGGGAACCUGAUCAGCUUGGAAGCAUUGAGUUUGAGGAAUAACCACUUCACAGGUAACAUCCCCAAUGACAUUGGAAAGUUAUCUAGUCUAGGGUUAUUGGCUCUUGGGCGCAACGAAUUAUCCGGGAGCAUUCCUUCCUCUCUAGGAAAUUUAACCAUGUUAACCACGCUCCAAUUGCAAGGGAAUAACCUUAAUGGCAGCAUCUCUUGGAGCCUAGGGGAAUGCCGUCGGCUGGUCCAAUUGAAUCUUUCCCGGAAUAACCUUGACGGUGUGAUACCUGAUCAAGUUCUUGGCCUCCCUUCCUUGUCCAAAUAUUUAGACUUGUCUAAAAACCGCUUUUUUGGUUCCCUUCCCAUGGAAGUUGGAAAGUUGAAAAGUCUAGGUGUGCUGGAUGUUUCUGAUAACAUGCUAUCCGGAGAACUUCCUAGCACUCUUGGUAGUUGUUUGGGUUUAGAAGUCCUACACUUGCAAGGUAACUACUUCAAUGGGACAAUACCUUCAUCUAUGGUUUCACUGAGAGGAGUACAAGAUUUAGACCUUUCUCGCAACAAUUUCUCGGGUGAAAUUCCACAGUUUUUAGAAAGAUUUGACUUCCUGAGGAAUUUGAACCUGUCUUUCAAUGAUUUUUGGGGAGCGGUACCAACUCAAGGUGUUUUUAAGAAUGCAAGUGCAAGUUCAGUUGUCGGAAACGCCAAUCUCUGCGGCGGUGUUGCUGAUUUCCAUCUGCCCAAGUGCAUCUCGAAAAAGUCCAAGGGGAGAGGACUGUCUUCGAGAUUGAAAUUAGUACUCUCCAUAGUCCCUGCCCUUAUAGGAAUAGCUAUGGUGUUGUUCUUUCUAACUCUCUGUCUUUUAAGGAAGAGAAGCAAAAAAAUUGCAUUACGGAGCACCAACUUGACGAACUCUAUUUUGCAAGUGUCAUAUAGUACCCUCCUCAAAGCUACCGAUGGGUUUUCUUCAACGAAUCUGAUUGGUUCGGGUAGCUUUGGAUCUGUGUACAAAGGAACUCUUGAUGCUGCUGACGGAUCACCUCAGCUUGUCGCCGUGAAGGUGUUUGACAUGUUACACCAAGGAGCUUCUAAGAGCUUUCUAGCCGAAUGUGAGGCACUAAAAAAUAUUAGGCAUCGGAAUCUUGUCAAGAUUAUAACAGCAUGUUCAAGUGUUGAUUUUCACGGUCAUGAUUUCAAGGCUUUGGUUUACGAGUUCAUGGGCAAUGGAAACUUGGAUGAGUGGUUGCAUCCAACUUCUGGAACACAAGAGGGUACACACACUCCCAAAUAUCUGAAUCUUAUUCAGAGGCUAGACGUUGCGAUUGAGGUUGCUUGUGCGUUGGACUAUCUUCACAAUCACUGUGAGACGCCAAUUGUUCAUUGUGACCUUAAACCAAGUAAUGUUCUGUUGGAUAACGAUUACUCGCAUGUUUCGGACUUUGGAUUAGCAAGAUUUGUCUUAAAACCAACCGAUAACGCGCCAACAAAUCAUCAAACAAGUUCCAUUGGGAUAAGAGGAUCAGUUGGUUAUGCUGCUCCAGAGUAUGGUAUGGGAAGUGAGGUUUCGACAUACGGAGAUGUCUACAGCUUUGGCAUUCUUUUAUUAGAGAUGUUCACCGGGAAGAGACCUACCGACAACAUGUUUAGUGACGGCUUCAACCUUCAUAACUUUGUGAAGACGGCUUACCUGGAGCGAGCUACAGAGAUUGCAGAUCUGCUACUUCUUCAAGGAGGUGACAAGGACACUCCCAACGAUCAAUGCAGCUCGAGAGCUCAAAAACUCGAGGAGUGCUUGAGUUUGACAUUCGGAAUUGGGAUUGCUUGUUCUGCUGAAUCCCCAACAGACCGAAAGGAUAUCAGUGGCGUCGCGUCUGAAUUGCGCUCCAUUAUGAACAACCUUCCCGCAUGA